GUCAGCUGACCGGGUCUUCCGCUGUCAAGCAACACAUGACAUCAGGAAAGCGCUGUGUGCAGUUCAGGGCUGUUUUCGCUGCUGUUCACAUUUAAAGGCAUCUGUUUUCCACAAAAUUUCAACCUUGUGUAAAUCUAGAGAGCAUUUUCGCGGACACGACUUGCCCGUCCGGUAAUUUGCUGCGAAGAUGAGUCUUUACAGACAUUUUCGGCUGUUGCACUGUACCCUGAUCUGCGUCACUUUAUUGUUCAGUAGCACGGUAGUUCUUGCAAAGUCUCGAAGACCGAAUAUAGUUUUGAUCUUGACCGAUGACUUGGAUUUUGCAAUCGGUGGCAUGAUUCCACUCAAUAAGCUGAAAAAGUUGAUUGGGGAUGCAGGAAUAUCUUUUACCAAUGCUUUCGUGGCCAGCCCUCUCUGCUGUCCCAGUCGCGCCAGCAUCCUAACGGGGAAGUACCCUCACAACCACCAUGUGAUCAACAACACCUUGGAGGGCAACUGCAGCAGCCGGGCCUGGCAGAAGACCCAGGAGCCGACGGCGUUCCCCGCCUUGCUGCAGAAGUACGCUGGCUACCAGACCUUCUUUGCUGGGAAGUACCUGAAUGAGUAUGGGACAGCAGAAGCUGGUGGUGUGGAACACGUGCCACCAGGCUGGGAUUACUGGUUUGCCCUGGAGAAAAACUCUAAGUACUAUAACUACACUCUGUCGGUGAACGGCAGACCACAGAAGCAUGGGAAUAACUACAGUGAAGACUACCUGACUGAUGUGUUGGCCAAUGCCUCUCUGGAGUUCCUCCAGUACAAGUCCAACUAUAGGCCCUUCUUCAUGAUGAUCUCCACGCCUGCCCCACACUCUCCAUGGACUGCUGCCCCCCAGUAUGAGAGCAGCUUCCCCAAUGUUAAGGCCCCACGGGACCCCAACUUCAACGUGCAUGGCAAGGACAAACACUGGCUGAUCAGACAAGCAAAGACACCCAUGACGAAUUCCUCUCUGCAGUUCCUGGAUGAGGCUUUUCGGAAAAGGUGGCAGACUCUACUGUCCGUUGAUGACCUGGUAGAGAAAGUGGUAAAGAAGCUGGAGAUGCACGGUGACCUGAGCAGCACCUACAUCAUAUUCACCUCGGACAACGGCUACCACACAGGCCAGUUCUCACUGCCAGUGGACAAGCGGCAACUGUAUGAGUUUGAUAUCAGAGUGCCCCUGCUGGUCAGAGGCCCGAACAUCAAGCCCAAUCAGACCUGCCAGAUCCUGGUGGCCAAUGUAGACUUGGGGCCAACCAUACUGGACAUUGCGGGGUACAGUGUCAACCAGACCCAAAUGGACGGCAUGUCUUUCCUUCCACUCUUGAACGGUCAAGGGCAGAACAUCACCUGGAGGACGGAUAUCCUCGUGGAAUACGAGGGCGAGGGAAGCAAUGUGUCGGAUCCCGCCUGUCCGCUCCUCGGUCCCGGAGUCUCGGAGUGCUUCCCAGACUGUGUGUGCGAGGAUUCGUACAACAACACCUAUGCCUGCGUGCGCACCCUCUCCCCCUCUGCCAACCUGCAGUACUGCGAGUUCGAUGACAACGAGGUGUUUGUGGAGGUGUACAACCUGACGGCCGACCCCUUCGAGCUGACUAACAUCGCCAAGAGCAUUGACCAGGAGGUUCUGGAGAAGAUGAACCACCGGCUGAUGAUGUUGCAGUCCUGCUCAGGGGCCUCCUGCCGUACGCCGGGAGUCUAUGAUUCAGGGUACAAGUUCGACCCACGGCUGAUGUUUAGCAGCCACGGCCCACGCAUCAGUAGACUGCGCCAGACAUUGAAGUAAGAGGAGGAGGAGGAGGAGGAAGGAGGAAGGAGGAAGGAGAACAGCCCAGCCAGCCUCUCCUGUUGCCCUGUGGAGCCCUGUGCAGCCUCUCACUUACCCACCAAGGCUGAAGUCUAAACUGGAGGCAAUGGGAGUCCGUUAGUCCGGCAUGAUCUCACUUCAGCUACUUUAAACAGCUGGGUUGCCUUUUGUGUUAUUUUUUUCUUUCCUCUCCAAAGCCUGUCAAAGCUGUCCCAAAACAGAUAUAGGUAGGCACUGAUUUAUCAGUGUUUUUAUUUAGGGCUAUUGCAGCACGUUGGUUUGUACAAUUUUAAUCAUCUCUUUAUUUGAUGAAGUGGAGAAAAUUUAAUGGUUACUAACAAGUUGCCAUUGUACUCUAACACUAAAUCUUUACAUUUGUGGAUUUAUCUAUUUAUGGGUAAGUUUAAAUGUUGACCAUUUGUAGAGGGAUCUGCAUUUUUGCUAUAGGGAAAUUUUGUAAGAUGAUACUAACACUUUUACCGAAAUAUGAUAAUGGUAGUAGAUAUUUCACGUGUGGUUUGACCUACACUUCAGUUGAAAGGCACAGAGAGAAUAGUGUGAUGGCAGCUUUGUAUGGUAAUAUAAAACUGCGUUCCAGUAUGCAAUUCCUGUUUAAAAAUAGUGUUCAUGUGUGGAAUCCCCCUGUCAUUUUGCCCUCAUCUGCCCUCCCACACAUACCACUUAUAAGCUUUUCGGUGAGAAGGCAGCAGCAGGAGUUGGGCCGUGUCUGCUUCACGGUGGCACUGAAGGUAGCUUCUGGAUACUCGUUCCCAUUGCUGUGGGGUCUCUCACUGUGUAACGAAGUUUCACCUCGUAACAGAAUUUACAGCCAGCUGAAUCACUUUCCUGGCUAAAUGAGGGAUUCCAGGAAUAAACUGUGAAUUUAAAGAAUUUAAUGGUCAAAGCAGUGAGUGAUUUCCCAGGGUGUAGCGUUUUAUCCAAAUAGGGGAGGAACAGUGGGUCUUGCAUGUGCUUCCCCCCUCCCCCACACCCCCCAGGUCUGUUAUGUCUCUUAGAUCAUUUUGGUUGUUUUCCUGUUAUUUUGUAUUACCUUUUACCCUGGAAAUGACAAAGGAUUUAAAGGGAGUUUUCUUCAGUCACUCCAAUUUUCUAUGCUUAGAUUUUUUUUCAAGUGUCUUUCUUGCUAUGUGAAAGGUCAGAAACAAGCAUGUUUCAUAGGUCGAUUUUGGGACUGUAAGAAGUAACCUAUUCUGUGGUCUACAACUGCUGGGUCAGUUUCAUUAGAGCUGAACGUGGCUCAAAUAGCAGGAAUUACAGCAAGGCAAAGCACUGAGAAUAUGGAAUCUGACUUGGUUUUGUAUAUGUAGUAUUUAUGAUAAUUAAUGCACAUAAACCAUCACGGAUGCACUUUUGAAUCUGUUAAGAUGCUAUGACUUGCCAGUUUUUUUCCCCCCCUCAUUUAUAGCAGUGGUGGUUUUGUUACUGGGUAACUAUUGGUCUCACUUGCCUGUUUUGCUCAAUAAAGGCUUUUUAAAAUGG